AUGGCCUCCGUGGCCCAGAGGAGCUCGGGUUCGGGCCGCCAACGGACCCCGCGACCCCGAGCGCUUCGCGGACUGCUGCUGCUCUGCCUGUGGCUGCGGAGCGGCGGCGCAGAGCAGCCGCGGGCGGUGCCCCUCCCGGGCGUCGGACAGCUGCUGCAGGAGUUCCGCCGGCCGCUGCGUCAGGAGCCGCCGCAGGAGGAGCUGGAGUUGGAGCUGCACGCCGGCGGCGGCUCCCGUGAGAGCUGCCCGGGUACGGGCAGCGGCAGCUACAGCGCCAUGCCGGAUGCCAUCAUCCGCACCAAGGACUCGCUGGCGGCGGGUGCCAGCUUCCUGCGGGCGCCCGCGGCUGUGCGGGGCUGGCGCCAGUGUGUGGCGGCCUGCUGUGCGGAGCCGCGCUGCUCGGUGGCGGUGGUGGAGCGGCCCCGGAGGCCCGCGGCCGCCGCGCUCGGCUGCUACCUCUUCAACUGUACCGCGCGCGGCCGCAGCGUCUGCAGGUUCUCGCCCCACCGCGGCUACAGCAGCUACAGCCUCAGCCGCGCGCCGGAGACCGAGCCAGGAGGCCCUGCGGCCCGCGGCCCAGCCACCUCCCCUCUGCUCGACGAUGAUAAGCCUCCGAUUAGCAAGGCCGGACAGGAUGUGGUCGUGCAUCUGCCCACGGAUGGGGUGACUUUGGACGGCCGCGAGAGCACAGAUGACCACGCCAUCAUCCAGUAUGAGUGGACGCUGCUGCAAGGUGACCCUUCAGUGGACAUGAAGGUACCUCGCUCAGGAAUGCUGAAGCUGUCCUACCUACAAGAAGGAACAUACACCUUCCAGCUGACCGUGACCGACACUGCGGGUCAAAGAGGCUUUGACAACAUCUCAGUGACUGUGCUCCCGUCGGCCUACUCCGCAGGAGGAUGCCUGAAGGUUUGCUCACGCUACCACUUCUUCUGUGACGAUGGCUGUUGCAUUGACAUCACUCUGGCCUGCGAUGGAAUGGAGCAGUGUCCUGAUGGGUCUGAUGAGACCUUCUGUCAAAAGUUAAACCUUGGCCGCGGGAUGGUGACUCACACAGAAGCUAAUCCUGCCCGGGCAAGAACCAUGGGACUGAGUCAAGAUGCAAAGGGACAUUCCUUGUUGGAACUAGACCAGAAAGCUACAGCCCCAAAUCAGCCUCCUGUGUUAUCAACCACAGAGAAGAGGAAUCAUUCCACUUUCCAGGGACCAGAGACUGAAGUCAGUCCGGUUCUACCAGAUACUGGUUCCUCGGGGAGCAACAGAAAAGAAGAAAAUUUCAUUUUUGAGUCAAAGAGUGGUCGAGGAGGAGGGCAACACCCAGCCCCAGAAACUGGCGCAGUGCUGCCCCUGGCCCUGGGUCUGGCCAUCACCGCUUUGCUGCUUCUCCUGGUUGCUUGCCGACUCCAACUGGUGAAACAGAAACUUAAAAAAGCUCGUCCCAUAACGUCUGAGGAGUCUGACUACCUCAUCAAUGGGAUGUAUCUAUAA